AUGGCCAGCGAAGGUCUUCCCAAGGAUCAGGACCUUUCCGACCCUGAGUUACAAGGAAUAUUAGAAGGAAACGCCCGAUUCCGCCGUUUGGGCUGGAAACGACUCACAGUCAUUUCGAUAGUCGAGGCAAUCGCUCUGGGGAGCCUAGGUUUACCAUCUGCAUUCGCCGCUCUGGGAAUGGUCGCAGGCGUGAUCCUAACUAUUGGACUUGGCUUCGUUGCAAUCUACGCGGGCUACAACAUCGGCGAAGUCAAACUGCGGUAUCCACAAGUUGGUCAUUAUGCAGAUGUCGGCCGACUUCUGCUGGGAAAUUUGGGAUCAAAACUCUUCGUGGGCAGCUUUGUUGCUCUGCUUGUCUUCGUGAUCGGGUCGCACUGCUUGACUGGCGCGAUUGCGUUCCAGAAUAUCACUCAAAGCAGUUCGUGCUCGAUUAUCUUUAGCGUUGCAUCUGCUGCAAUCCUGAUGUUUCUCGCUAUUCCUCCGUCUUUUGCUGAGAUUGCGAUACUCGGCUAUAUUGAUUUCGCGUCGAUUGUCUUGGCUAUUGGGGUUACGAUGAUUGCGACUGGCAUUCAGAGCUCGAAUGGUUCGGGUGACUUUGCUGCGGAUCUCGUACCGUGGUCUGCUUGGCCGAAGCCUGGUCUCACUUUCUCCGCGGCUAUCGUAGCCACCAAUAAUAUUGUUUUCGCAUAUUCCUUUGCUGGAUGUCUGCCGUCUUUCAUGGAAGAUAUGCAUACUCCCGAGGAUUAUACCAAAACGCUAUGGUGGCUAGGAGGUAUCCAGAUUGUUAUCUACACCCUGACAGGGUCAAUCAUCUAUGCUUUUGUCGGGCAGGAGGUGCAAUCGCCUGCUUUGCUGUCCGCAGGCCCCGUUAUAUCAAGGAUUGUCUUCGGCAUAGCGCUUCCAGUCAUCUUCAUUUCGGGGUCUAUCAAUACAACAGUCGUCUGUCGAUAUAUCCACGGAAAGAUAUACCGGGACUCAGUCGUCCGCUUCGUCAACACCGCGAAGGGUUGGAGCACAUGGCUUGGUCUUGUGUUUAUUGUUACCAUCCUAGCUUGGAUAAUUGCUGAGGCCAUCCCCAUCUUUUCCGAAUUGCUUUCUAUCAUUUCUUCUUUGUUUGUGUCUGGUCUGUCUUUCUAUAUCCCACCAAUCAUGUGGUAUAUGCUUUUGAAAGAGGGUGCAUGGUAUGAAAAGCACAAUUUGAAGCCUGCGAUUUUGAAUGGUGUCGUAUUCCUGGUGGGCAUGAUUAUUUUUGGAUGUGGUACAUAUGCUAGCAUCGCUGAACUGAUUGAUAAAUUCCAGUCGGGGUCAGUAAGUAAGCCAUUUACCUGCGCUUGA